AUGUGCAGACCGUAUUCUAAUGCGUACUACAAGCACUGGGAGCGCGGUGUAUACGCUUGCGUGGUCUGUGGCCAAGAACUCUUCCAAUCUCAGACCAAGUACGACUCCGGCUCGGGCUGGCCGGCCUUCUACGACAUCAUCAGUUGGGACAGAGUGACGCUCAAGCAGGACUUGUCCCAUGGUGAGUGGUGGUCUUAUGCUAGUGUCUCAUUAGACCCGGCCUUUGGUGCGACGGUGUCUCACAUGACCCGUCCCUUGGUGUGCCGGUUCUGCGUCAAUUCGGCGUCGCUGAGCUUCAGUUCCACCGAAGAGGAAGUCAGUCGAGGCGGCGCUAAUGAACUUGAUCAGCAGCCGCGUUAUGACGACACGCUGGCCCCCUUGGUGCACAUGGCGUCGCCCAGCAACUCGUGCUCGCUAGGAGCGCGAUUGUGCUUCAGAGUUCCUGCAAACAUCGACGGGUGCGACAGCCCCGCGUCGCGCACCUGA